UUGACGUGAAUAACAGGAAGUUCGUGAGUGCUGGACAAAGUUGUCUGCGGCUAAAGGUCGAUGCGCUCAGUGAAGUUCUAAUUGCGCGCGUACGGUGGUGAUUUUGGAUUGUCGGUACACGUGAUCGCAGGCACACACUGAAGGGCAGAAAUGAGCGUUAAACCGGUUACUGGGUAACGGAGCUCUGGCGUACCGAACCGGCCACGUGAGGCGGCACACGUCUGUUUACAGUGAAUCAGCGCGCGCGCAGCUUUGCUACUUUAACUUUGACUCUUUAACUUUGACGUUUAGGAACAGCAUUGCGCAACAUUGUUUCGACAGGUAUUUUAAUGCCGCUGGGCGCGCGCUUUCCUGCGUCGUGAAGAACUGAGCAGAGGAUGCCCUGCACGUGCGGCACGUGGCGGCGGUGGAUCCGGCCGCUCGUGGUGCUGCUGUACAUCCUGCUGCUGCUCGUAGUCCUUCCGCUCUGCGUGUGGGAGCUGCAGAAGUCAGAGGUCGGCACGCACAACAAGGCGUGGUUCAUCGCAGGCAUCUUCGUGUUCAUGACCGUCCCCAUAUCUCUGUGGGGCAUUCUCCAGCACCUCGUACACUACACGCAGCCCGAGCUCCAGAAACCCAUCAUCAGGAUAUUAUGGAUGGUUCCUAUAUAUAGUUUGGAUAGUUGGAUCGCGCUGAAGUAUCCCAGCAUCGCCAUCUACGUGGACACGUGUCGCGAGUGCUACGAGGCCUACGUCAUCUACAACUUCAUGAUAUUUCUGCUGAACUACCUGGGGAAGCAGUACCCCAGUCUGGUGCUCAUGCUGGAGGUCCAGGAGCAGCAGACACACCUGCCUCCCCUCUGCUGCUGUCCACCGUGGCCCAUGGGAGAGGUGCUCUUACUGAGGUGUAAGUUGGGCGUUCUGCAGUAUACCGUAGUGAGGCCUGUCACCACUGUCAUUGCCCUAAUUUGUCAGCUUAGUGGGGUGUACGAUGAAGGAAACUUCAGCUCCGGAAACGCCUGGACGUACCUGGUGAUCGUGAACAAUCUCUCCCAGCUGUUUGCCAUGUACUGCCUGGUGUUGUUCUACAAGGCGUUGAGGGAAGAGCUGAGUCCCAUCAAACCUGUGGGGAAGUUCCUCUGUGUCAAACUCGUGGUGUUUGUGUCCUUUUGGCAGGCUGUGUUCAUCGCCCUGUUGGUGAAGGUUGGAGUGAUUUCAGACUCUCACACCUGGGACUGGGACAGUGUAGAGGCAGUAGCUACUGGUCUGCAGGACUUCAUCAUCUGUGUGGAGAUGUUCCUGGCAGCCAUUGCCCACCACUUCACCUUCACCUACAAGCCUUACAUCCAGCAGGCAGAGGAAGGCUCCUGCUUCGACUCUUUCCUGGCCAUGUGGGACGUCUCCGACAUCCGGGCUGACAUCUCCGAGCAAGUACGCAAUGUCGGGAGAACGGUUAUGGGCCGGCCCAGGAAGGCCUAUGUCAGGGGGGAGGCGGAGCAGGACGAGAACACCGGCUUGCUGUCAGGUGACGCCCAGGACCCCACCCCCGAUGACUUGCCCACGUCUCCCCCAGGCCUCUAUCAGGGCAUGGGCCACACGCCCACUCCUUGUGCAGACAUGUGCUCCACACCAUGGAAGGGCGACGCAGAUGAUGUAGCCAGCGUGCUGUCCAGCGACCCCAAAAACCCUCCCAGCACAGAUUACGCUGCCAUCACUUAGCCAGACUGCCAAUGCAGGUAACAUGCGCUGAGAGGACAAGCGUCAUCUGCUAUUUCCUACGACCGAGUACCGUCAGCCCCGGUAACUAAUGUUCACACGUGACUUGUGGUUAACAAUGUUUUGCAGGUUUUGGAUAAAGGUGGCAUUUAGGCACAUGUGGGACCCAGAUGUCUGUUUUGUUACGAUCUGAGCAGGAACCAUACAGCUUAUCAUUAUCAUUUAACUUGUAACCUAGCGAUUGUGCUUUACGGACCACCGCGGGAAGAAUUUCAAGUUUCUUCUCUUCACGAUUUUUUUUAAAGUCUUGUUUGGCCCAGUAAGUCACUCAACUCUCUCUGGACAUUAGUUAUGAUCACACUUCAUCUGCUGAUGGAGGCAGUGCUGAUGUGAUGAGUGUGUGCUGGGUACACAUGCAGAGUGACCCUGCCCGCAACCUCGCUUUGUGUAGCUCUUAAAACUGCCUCAGCAUGAACGGGCUGUGUGACCUCAGCACCAUGACACUGAGCAGAUGGGAGGAAGUCUAAGACUUAGCAAAAGUGCUUUUUCAACUGUAGCCUCAAAAUAAAGUUUUCUGACACUA